AUGGCUCAUAUCAAUACGCGCCUUCUCGAUGCUAGUGAAGAACACUUAAAUACACUUAUUCCUUUGCUUGGUUAUGCAACGAAGCGUCUUGUUUCAUUAAAAGAAGCUGUUUUGGAAUUGCGUGAGUUAGUUAAUGAAGUUGACGCUCGCGUUUGGACAGCAACGAAUCGAUGCAGAAAUCCAGCAGACAAACUUACUCAGGAUGAAUCUGCCGCGAUUGUUUUGUAUACAAUCGACUGGGACCCCGAUCAUCCAAGUCUUUAUUCAAUUUUAAAUCGAACACUUCGCCUUGAAGAUCGAAGGAAACUUGUUCCUUGGUUUUCGUAUUUAAAACUAUUCUUAACCGCCCUGUUCAAGUUGCCAUCAAUCCGUUGCACGGUCUGGCGAGGUGUACUUGGUGAUUUACGUUCGCAGUACAAACAGGGCGACAAUGUUACAUGGUGGGCAUUCAGUUCAUGUACGAUUACCAUCAACGUUUUGGAAAGUAGUCAGUAUUUGGGUACAUCAGGUCCACGAACGUUAUUCGCAAUCGACUGCUUGAAUGGAAAAGAUAUUAAACGGCAUUCAUAUUAUGCACAAGAAGAAGAAAUAUUGCUUCUUCCAUGCACCCAUUUUGAAGUCAUUAGCCACUUGAGCAGUAUGGAAAAUUUAUAUAUUAUUCAUUUGCGUGAAGUGCCACCACCAUUUACACUUCUCGAACCGCCAAAUUCCGGGUCAGCAGGUUCUGGCGCUGACAAACCUAGUUACGAACAAUUACAAUCAAAACUGGAACAAGUCAAUAAUGAAAACGAGCGCCUGAAAGUGCAAUGCAAACAACAACAGGCUAACAUCGAUAAACUUGGUACUGAAAAUCAAGUUCUCAAUCAAAUCUGUGCUGACUUCGAAGACGAACUCCAACGUCUCAAACAAGAUAAUCGCCGUCUUAAGCAAGAAUCUCAGCAACACAAUCAAGAGAUUCCACNAUCAUUUCCAUUUGAACGUGCAAUUAUUGAAAAAGAACGUGCAAGUGGAUCAUAUCGUUUAUCAUCUUAUUUUGUUGCUAAAUCAUUAGCUGAAGCACCACUUAAACUUGUUUUACCAACAUUAUUUCUUAUCAUAGCUUAUUGGAUGGCAAAUAUCAAUUCAAACUUUGGAAUUUUUCUUGCUAUUCUUGUUUUUCAAUUACUAUCGAUUCUUGUAGCUGAAUCACUUGGUCUUCUUUUGGGUGCAGCAUUCAAAAAUUUACAACAUGCAAUAACAGUUGCAACUGUACUUCUCAUUGGUUUGAUGUUAGUUGGUGGAUUUUUUGUUCGAAAUUUACCACAUUGGAAUGAUACUGAAAAAGCAUUACGAGAUCGAUUUAAAGAAUUUACAUNGUGGAUUUUUCGUUCGAAAUUUACCACAUUGGUUAGGUGUGGACGAAUUUAUAAAUGUGUUGAUGGAUCAAUUAUUCCUUUAUGUCGAAAUAAUCCUAAUGGUACAUUUGUUAGUAGUGAAGCAAUAGAAUUUUUUGGUGUAGGUAUCAGUAUUGGAUUAAAUUUUUUAGUUCUAUUUGGAAUGUUUGUUGUUUUUCGAACACUUGCAUAUCUUGCAUUACGAUUUAUUAACAAUCACACUGGUCGUACAUAA